GGGGGCGGUUUCAGCAAGGGACGGCGCUUUUCCAUAGUGAAUCAAUUACAGGUGUAUUCAAGCCUGGGAGCUGGAGUAGGGAGUCGCUCUGGGCAUUUCUUGCCUUGCUUUCGGGCAUAGUCUUCUUUUGUGCGACCAGAUGCACUGACUUGUCUCAAGGAGGAUGUCAGAUUGCUCUUCCACAGCCUUCGCUUUGUGAGUUGGGGUUCAUGAGACCAAUAUUUGCUGGCGCUGCGGGUGGGCGGGCAUUUGAUUUAUUAUAUUCGAGCGUCCCGUUUUGUAUGAAGUCCAACCGUAUCUGUGGUACUGGGAAGCAAAAGGGAGGAGCUGGGAGGAGAAGCACAAGCGGACGAAGACUUCCCUGGGUUAGGAGCUUCGUGUCAGUGUGAAUGGAUGAUGAUUCAGAGAAAAGAAAUCAAGUAAAAAGGGGUCAUUUCCCCUGGAUGAUGUGACAGUGUUGACCGUGCAGCUGCCCAAAAUAAAAAAGGUUUGCAUGAAAAGGUUUACGUUGUGCUUGGAUAUUCACACAUAAGCCUCUCUGUAAAUUUUGAACCCCAGGCACUGAAGCAGACAAUGAAAGACAGCAUGUCUAACAAUAGCACAACUAGUAUAUCUCAAGCAAGAAAAGCAGUGGAACAACUUAAAAUGGAAGCAUGUAUGGACAGGAUUAAGGUGUCAAAGGCUGCUGCUGAUUUAAUGGCCUAUUGUGAUGCUCAUGUAAGAGAAGACCCACUUAUUCUUCCAGUGCCUGCAUCGGAAAAUCCGUUUAGGGAGAAGAAAUUAUUUUGUACCAUUCUUUAAAUUGGUUUUAGUCAAAUAUUUAUAUAGUUUAAGCAUGACAUCAGCUUAACAGGGCUUUACCAAGGUUGUUAACAAAUGAAACUAUAGUCUCAAUUUUUAGAAGUACAAGGCAUCGUCACCAGAAAUCUUUAUGUGAUUUUGUUUUUGUUUUUUUUUAUGUUAAAUCAAAGUUGUAAUCAUUGCGUAGAGUCAUUUAUGAAUAUAGGAGUAGAAAAGGCAUGUAAUUGUAGAAAAGCAAAUAUUCAGCAAUAUUAAUUCAUGGAAGUAUUUCAUUUAUAUUUAAGUAUUUCUUCAUGUUUUUUAUUAUCUUCAUAAAUGUUCAAAGGGAGACUGAGGAACAUGUAAUAUUGGUUUUACUCACUGAUACAUUUCUCCAAUGCCAAACUACAGCCACAACUGUAAAUACUCACUGUUUUAUAAGGUAUUAGCCAUUUUGUUAUUUUUGUAAUGGAGAUACUUCGUUUGUUUUGUUAUGUUCUUUUACUAGUUAAAUGAAUGAAAUUUCAUUCAGUUUUAUGAAUAGUAGAAUUGUACUUAUUUAAAGUGAAAGUUAAAAAAUGUCAUAAAGAGGAUUUUGAUA